ACCGGCUCCGGGGCCGACCUCAGCCCUCCCCGCCUCGGGCCACCGCAGCUGUGGUAGAUCCACAGCUCCGAAAGGGUCCCUCAGACUCCUCACUGGGCCAGUCCGGCGCUGGGUGCUGGAGCCCUGAGCAACUCCCGCGGCUCCCUAAACGGGGAUUCCUUCUCUCCGGAGUUUGCGAGCAACUUUCCCCUCCCUUCCCGGCGGUGGCUCGGCGACCGUGGCCGCCGCAGGUUGCUGAACCCGGGACUCCGCUCCCCAAACCUAGGCUUCGCGCUCGCGUAGGUCGCUUCCUCUCGGAGUGCACCCUGGGGGUCCCCGACCUCGAAGCUGAAGGCGCGAUGCCUCUGGGACACAUCAUGAGGCUGGAUCUGGAGAAAAUCGCCCUGGAGUACAUCGUGCCUUGUUUGCACGAGAUCGGCUUCUGCUACCUGGACAACUUCCUGGGCGAGGUGGUGGGCGACUGCGUGCUGGAGCGCGUGAAGCAGCUACACUACAACGGGGUCCUGCGCGACGGCCAGCUAGCCGGACCGCGCGCCGGCGUCUCCAAGCGGCACCUGCGGGGCGACCAGAUCACGUGGAUCGGGGGCAACGAGGAGGGCUGCGAGGCCAUCAGCUUCCUCUUGUCCCUCAUCGACCGGCUAGUCCUGUACUGCGGGAGCCGGCUGGGCAAAUACUACGUCAAGGAGAGGUCCAAGGCAAUGGUGGCCUGCUACCCAGGAAAUGGCACAGGUUAUGUUCGCCAUGUGGACAACCCCAAUGGUGACGGCCGCUGCAUCACCUGCAUCUACUAUCUGAACAAGAACUGGGAUGCCAAGCUACAUGGAGGAGUCCUGCGGAUAUUUCCAGAAGGGAAAUCAUUCAUUGCAGAUGUGGAGCCCAUUUUUGACAGACUCUUGUUCUUCUGGUCAGAUCGCAGGAACCCACACGAAGUUCAGCCUUCCUAUGCAACUAGAUAUGCCAUGACUGUUUGGUACUUUGAUGCUGAAGAAAGAGCAGAAGCCAAGAAGAAAUUCAGGAAUUUAACUAGGGAAACUGAAUCUGCCCUCACUGAAGACUGAAUGUGCUCUGAAAUCUGCUGGCCUCCUUCAUUUUGGUAUCAGCUAAAUUCUCUGUAACAGUUGAGAUCCAAAGAUGGCCUCUUCAGUGACCAUAGAUUACUCCCUCCUGCUUCCAUCAUUUGCAUCCCUGUCUUGUGUGUGGUACUUCUUGUUUUCUUGCCAGGACUGCAUUGAUCUCCAGACACACUCUUUGCCAGACAUGAACUCACUUGAAACUCCAGAAAUGCCUACAGAUAUCCUUGUUGGUCAGCGGUCUAAGGAUAGAUUUGGUGAUGCUGACUAUCAAAGCAAGAGCCCGAGAACACAGGAGCGAAUCUUACUUGCACUUUAUUCUUCCUGAUAUGAAAGGAGGAGGUUUGCAAAGAAAAAAAAUUUGGUGAUAGAGGCAUCAGUGAAGCCUGAACAGCAGAAAACUGAAAUUGUGUCAUCUGAACAAUUUCCAGAUGUUGUUAAUCCAGGGCUGUUGGGGUUUCUGGAAAAUUACCACAACAUAAUGACAUGAUUACCUCUAGAAAGGGCUGAUGUCAGAGUGAUCAAGUUAUUAGUGUCCCGUGGGUGGACACUCCUUUUUCCUUUCCCACCACUUGGACUCUUGGCCUCAGCCCCAUUUUCACUGAAAAUGAUUUUCUAAUUGAGAAUGACACAACCACUUGUUCUAUAUGUUGACUUUUUACUGGGAGACUAAUUACUCAGAGGCUAAAACUAGGUAUUAGUUGUUUUGGUUGCUUUUUUGGAGUUUGAAUUUAAAUAAAAAAAAAAAAGAAAACUACCUGAUAGUUUAGUGUCAGGCUCCGGUGACAGUGUGGGAAAAUUCAGGUCUGCUGACAUACAGUAAAAGUGUGUAUCAUGAAAAAUUUGAGAGGGAAGAUGGAACUGUAAAUGUGGGUAUUCCCAUUUUUUCAGUAUUCCUUUUUAAUGAGCUCACCUUUCUUUAACAACAACAACAAAAAAAAAAUAGGGUGCUAUGUUUUAAAAAGGAAAUGGAAAUAAAAGAAUUAUCAAAGCUGUUUGACGUCUUCUGUAUUGUCUGUCCUUAUGAGAACCAACACUCAUACGGACACAUAGAGCCAACACUUUAUUGGCAGUGUGGCCAGAACCAUGGAAUUUUCUAGAACUGGGGGAGGUUCCACACCGUGCUUUUCUACUUCAGUAGGCAAAUUUCAACACCUCAAGAACUCUUAUUUGAGUCAGCAUCUAUUUUAUGAAAGUUACCCUUCCUAAUUUUCAGCUCCACUUUCAUAUUUCUAAAAUCUCUUCAGUUUCCUGCUUGAAAAGCCUAUGAAUGUUAAAGGGCCAGAAAUGUUUUCUUUUGUCAUGUGUGGAAAUACAGAGUUUCCAAUAAAGAAGUUUAUUUUCUCCUUUUAUGGUUUUGGAAAAUUUUCAGAUAAGCCCUGUUGUCAUUAGUUCUCACAGUUGCUCUAUUUUGUUUUGAAUAGUAGUCCUGAUCACCUUCUAGUUGACUUACUAUGUAAUUUACUUAUUUAUUAUGUUUAUGGUUUUACACAUAAGCACAAUGAAGACAGGAUUUCAAAUGUUUUUAAUCAAUACAAUAUAUUUCCAACACCUAAAAUAGUGCCUUGCACCUAGUAAGGGCUGAGUGAAUAUUUGUUGAAUAAACUUAGUCUCUUUUGUUAGCA